AUGAUCGCUCCCUCGUUCAAGUCGCUCGCUGCAGCUCUGACCGUCGUUUCGUCGGUGGUGGCCUCGCCCAUCGCCGUCAAGCGCGCCCCUACCUUUGCCGACAGGAACACGGCCACCAUCCACCCCGGUGUCAACACCAACACGGCCGGCAGCUGCACGUCCAACUUCAUCUUCUACCAGGGUGACGAGCUGUACAUUGGGCAGGCUGCGCACUGUGCCGGCACGGGCGAGUCGACCUCGACCGACGGCUGCACCUCUGGCUCUCUCCCCGAGGGUACGCAGGUGACCAUCACUGGUGCCUCUCGCCCUGGUGUUCUUGCCUACUCGUCGUGGAUCCGCAUGCAGGCGCGUGGCGAGCAAGACGUCAACGCGUGCGCGUACAACGACUUUGCCCUCGUCCGCAUCGACCCUGCGGAUUACGACAAGGUCAACCCCACCGUCCCCACAUUCGGCGGUCCGGACGGCCUCCGCUCGUCGGGCCUGUCCAACUUCGAGCAGGUGUACAGCUACGGCAACUCGAUCCUCCGCCAAGGCAUCACGCUGCUCAGCCCCAAGUACGGUGUCAACAUCCAGGACGAGGGCGAGGGAUGGUCGCACAACGUCGCCACUGUUACCCCUGGUGUCCCCGGUGACAGCGGCAGUGGCUUCUUCGACAAGAACGGCCAGGCUUUCGGCACUUUGAGCACGCUGCAAUUUGCUCCUGCUCCUGGAUCGAACGGCGUUGGUGAUCUUGCAAAGGAGUUGGCCUACGCAAAGACCUUCUCCGACUUUGCCGGCGUCGAGCUGGCUCUCGGCACCGUCCCCUUCGCUGUCGCCCUCCCAGACCCCUCCUCCGGCCUCCAGUCUAGCCUCCAGAACGCUCCCAACGCCAUCGCCGGCGACCAGGGCCUCCUCGGUCUCUGA